UGAUCUUCGAAUCGGUGACAUUGUCAUCUUCAAACACGAAGGAGACAUGGUCUUUCAUGUGACACCUUUUGGUCCUAGCUGUUGUGACAUUCAGUAUACACAUCCUCACAUCGUUAAGGAAGAAGCCGACGCGGAUGAUGCUCCUACUUUCUCAUACGACUACUGCUUCUUGGCUGAGGUUACUGCUACAAAUCAAAAGGACGACAAAAUGUUUCUUCCUGUGGAAGCUAUGAGGUGUGGUGCUUUGAACCAACAAUGCAAAGAGGUCAAACUUGUCAACAAGGAGGGAAAGUCAUGGACUGCGCGCUUCGGAUUUAGCGAAUCAGACGGCGCAUAUUACAUCAACAGAGGGUGGAGAAAGUUCUGUCGUGAUAACAGAUGCACCAUCGGAGAUUUGUUUGUGUUCAACGUGGUUGGAGACGGGACGACAACUCCAUUACUGUGUGUAUGUCCGGAAAGGAAGGAGUGUACUGAACUACUGAUCAAGCACUUCAGCAGAAUCGAUGGUAAGUCUUCUCAUUUGACUUGUUUGUGUUGUCUAUAACUUCAAUGUUACUACUUUGCUUCUGCGUUAACUUGUGUUCUCUUCUUCUACAGGUAGCAUUGCUUCUACCUCACGAAAUUAGAUGGCUCUUUUGCGGUCUUUCCUCUCUAUCAUCUGAACUUGUUUCUUUUUGUUUCAUUAGCAACUUAUCAACUUAUGUAUUUCGGUUUGUAAAACUUGAAUGGUUUUUCUAUGUGAACUUUUAUCCUAAGUUAAACAUUCUCGAACUUAAUUGCUU